UUCAAGCCAGUUAGCGGUGGGCUGCAUUUCUCUUGGAUGGGGCUCAGAGCAGCAACAUACGAGCCUGGAUUCACAAUGACGGUCCCCGGCCUCGGAGCGCUAACCUGGGCCGCUCUUUUUGUCAUCCACCAGGUGGCAGCAGAGCACGGCAUGGCUCAUUUCAGCGAUGAAAGCAAAGGGAAGGACUACUGCAUCUUCUUUAACUCGCAGUGGGCACGUCUGCCUCAGGAUCUCAACAAGGCGACGCGUCUCCAGAUCUACGACCUCACCUCGUCGGUCCUGUGCUCACCCACCGACGUUCCCGAGGGGGGCUUCCCCAACCGCAUCGCCAUGGUGAUGAGGGGUAACUGCACUUUCUACGAGAAGGUCCGCCUGGCACAGAUGAGCGGGGCCAAGGGUCUGCUCAUCGUCAGCAAGGACAGACUGACGCCGCCGGCGGGGAACAAGACUCAGUACGAGGAAAUCGACAUCCCCGUCGCGUUGCUCAGCUACUCUGACAUGCUGGAGAUAAGCAAGACGUUUGCCAAGAGCAGACAGGUGGCCAUGUAUGCCCCCAAAGAGCCGGUGCUGGACUACAACAUGGUUAUCAUCUUCCUCAUGGCUGUGGGAACUGUCGCAGUCGGUGGCCAUUGGGCUGGUAGCAAGGACCGCAAGAAGCGCUACAUGAAGCAUAAGCGUGACGACGGGGCGGACAAGCAGGACGAGGAGACUCUGGACGUGACGCCCAUCAUGAUCUGCGUGUUUGUGGUCAUGUGCUGCAGCAUGCUGGUGUUGCUCUACUUCUUCUACGACAGCCUGGCAAUUUGGGUGAUCGGCAUUUUCUGCCUGGCAUCGUCCGUGGGCCUCUACAGCUGCUUGUGGCCUUUUGUGCGCCGCAUUCCUUUCUGCAAGUGCAGAGUUCCAGAGAACAACCUUCCCUACUUGCACAAGCGUCCUCAAGUCCGCGCCCUGCUCCUGUCAACACUGUGCGUGGGCAUCAGCAUCACCUGGAUGGUGUUUCGCAACGAGGACCAGUGGGCGUGGGUGCUGCAGGACACCCUGGGCAUCGCCUUCUGUCUCUACAUGCUCAAAACUGUCAGACUGCCCACAUUUAAGGCUUGCACCUUACUACUGACAGUGCUCUUCAUCUACGACGUCUUUUUUGUAUUCAUCACGCCCUUCUUCACCAAGAGCGGUGAGAGUAUCAUGGUGGAGGUGGCGGCCGGCCCCUCGGACUCGGCCACGCACGAAAAGCUUCCGAUGGUGCUCAAGGUGCCGCGCUUGAACUCCUCACCCCUCGCCCUGUGCGAUCGGCCCUUCUCCCUGCUGGGCUUCGGCGACAUCCUGGUGCCAGGACUGCUGGUGGUGUACUGUCACCGCUUCGACAUUUUGAUGCAGUCUUCCAGGAUCUACUUUGUGGCCUGUACAAUCGCGUACGGCGUGGGGCUGCUGAUCACCUUCGUGGCGCUGGCCAUGAUGCAGAUGGGCCAGCCAGCCUUGCUCUACUUGGUGCCUUGCACUCUGCUCACCAGCCUGGCGGUGGCGCUAUGGCGCAGAGAGCUGCCUCAGUUCUGGACCGGCAGCGGAUUUGUGCCUGCCAUAGUUCUCGCGCCCGUCAAGUGUACACAAACAGCGGGGACGCAACCCAAAGCGCCGCCAGGCGCUGACUCAGCCAAUCAGAGCCAAGACCCCGGUCCGCCUCAGGACGUGCCCCUCGCCGAAAACGAGGAAAAGCUCAACUAAAAGUUUUCUUUUCCACAGUACACGGACAUUAAAGUUGUUUAUACGUCACGUUGAAAGGGAACGAUGGAUAGAAAGAGGGAAGAUGUUCCUAUCCGGGCCCAAAUGUUUGCCCACGACAGCGUUAGCUCACGUGCAUCGUUGCCGUCCAACAAAAAGCAUGGAUCUCCACAUUUGAACUGUGUUCAAGAUUGAAACACUGAGAAAACCAAACUGGAUGUUCAAAUCAAAUGAGGAAACGUGCAGAUGCAUGCUUUUGGUUGGUGCCAUCGCUGAACCUUUUUUAAUUCCCUUUUCUUUACGCUAUAUCUAUUUUGGGUUUUGUUUUGCAUGCUAUGAUGUGGAUUUCCUACCUAGUAUUACAUCUAAAAGCUGUAGCGAAGACUUUAUAUUAGUGGGGCAAACCUUUGAAUAAAAGAAUACUUUGGAUGCCCACAGGAGCCAAAAUUCAAGUUAGGAGAGUCAAGUUAGUUGGUAUGAAACAUUUGCACAUCUCAUAUGUUACACAUUCAAUUUUUUUUUUCCUGUGUUUUUAAUGUACAUAAUGUGUCUUGUAUAUAUGAUGUGCUCUCCUAUGCUGUCUAGGUUUUAAGACCAAUGUACUCCUUUUAGUUGUGUUCAGUGUCUCUAUUGAAGACAACAGAAUGAAAUAUUGACUUUUGCAGUUGAGUAAAUAAACACUGAACACCUUUUGCGGAAA